CCGCUGCCGAUGAGUCACGGUGGUGGGUAACGGGAAGAUGAGCGGCGGUGUCCGGGCAGAGCGCACCACCAUGGGAGCGCACAUGGUCUCACUGUGGCUGAUCUGGGUUUUUCUGGUGCAGACCUCGGGGAUGUUGUCUCACGUGGAGAAGUAUGAGGUGGUCAGACCUCAGAGACUUCAGGGGAGACAGAAGAGGAGCCUGGAGGACCAACAGCUUUACCCUGAUGCGGUUCAGUACGAGUUGACCAUUGAAGGGAGGAACCACACAGUUCAUCUGGAAAAAAACAGGAAUCUUAUCGGGAGAGGCUACACUGAGACACGUUAUUCAGAAGAUGGAAAACGGUUGACGACAACUCCAACUGAGGAGCACUGCUACUAUCACGGUCACAUUAAAGGCGUGGAGGACUCAUCGGUCAGUGUUGGGAUUUGUUCAGGCAUUAGUGGCUUUGUGAGAAGCCGACAGCAGCUUUACUUGAUCGAGCCUCUGGGACAGACGGAGGACGGUGAUCAUGCAGUUUACAGACAGGAGGACAUGAAGCCCGGCGGCAGGCCCGGCUGUGGAACCUCGUCUGACGACACCCCGCUGUACGACCAGGACCAGGACCAGGACCAGGAUCCUCGGCUCGCUGGGCUCUUCAGGUCCAGAUCGUGGAAAACCGAACCCACUCCACAGAAGUUUGUCGAGCUGGUUGUGGUGGUGGACAAUACUGAGUAUAAGCAGUAUGGAAGCCAGACUAAAUCCCGUGUUCUUGGAGCUAUAAAUCACAUUGACAAGCUAUAUCGACCUCUGAACAUACGCGUCAUGCUGGUGGGUUUGGAGAUCUGGACGUACAGAGACUUCAUCAACGUUGACCUUAACUCAGAGACGGCCCUUGAUAACUUCCUCCUGUGGCGGCAGGCCGAUCUCCUGCAGAGGACGAAGCACGACAACGCCCAGUUUGUGACUGGCAAAGAUUUUGACGGAGACACAGUGGGACUGGCGAAUAAGUUUGCCAUGUGUACCAAAAACUCAGGUGGAGUCAAUCAGGAUCACCAUGACAACCCGAUAGGCCUCGCCUCCACCAUCGCUCAUGAGAUGGGUCAUAAUUUCGGAUUGUCCCACGACGCUGCUGGUUGUCUAUGCGGUCCAUAUCAGAGCAGUGGGAACUGUGUGAUGGCAGAGAAGCUCAGGACAGGGAAUCAAGCGUUCCCAGAGUUUUUCAGCGACUGCAGUGUGGAGCAGCUCGCUGAGUUCAUGGAGCGAGCUAAGCCCACCUGCUUGUUCAAACCCGGCUCCGUCAGAAUUAUCGCUGCCGGCCCGAGCUGUGGCAACGCCCUGCUGGACCCCGGGGAGGAGUGUGACUGUGGCACUGUGGAGGAAUGCAAGAACCGUUGUUGUGACGCCUCAACAUGUCGUCUGACUGAAGGAUCCCAGUGUGCUCAUGGACAAUGCUGUGACAACUGCCAGUUCAAACCGGCCGGGAGUGUCUGCAGGGAGUCAGCCGGUGAGUGCGACCUGUCUGAAUAUUGCACCGGAGCGUCGGGGGAUUGUCCCGAGGACAGCUUCGAGAUGAACGGAAAGCCCUGCUACAACCAGGCGCAGGGCUACUGCUACAACGGACAAUGCCCCACACAUCAGCAGCACUGCUGGAGGUUGUUUGGAACAGGGGCCAGAAUUGGAUCAGAAGUGUGUUUCAACCUGAACAAACGGGGUGAAGAAGGUGCUAACUGUGGGAAGAAAGGAUCCCGCUACCUCCCCUGUGCUGCACAGAAUCUCAUGUGUGGAUCUAUAUUUUGUGGUGGAGGGGGCGAGUCCAUCACCGGUAAAAGGGCAGGGUACACCGUUUACAACAUCGAAUGUAAACUGCCCGUGGAUGACGAUAAGACAAGAAACAUGGAGAUGGUGCCAAAAGGAACCAGAUGUGGACCGAAUAAGGUUUGCCUUGACAACCAAUGUGUGGAUUUGUCGGUUUACGGGAAAAAGGAGGAUUGUGCAAAGAAAUGCAAUAACAACGGGGUGUGUAAUCACAAGCAAGAGUGCCACUGUAAACCCGGCUGGGCUCCUCCGCACUGCGACAUCCAGUACGCAGAUUUACCUCAAGGUCAGAUUGGGAUAAUAGGUGGUGUGUGUGCGGCCAUCCUCAUCCUCCUGAUGAUCGCUGCAGUGGCUGCAGGGCUGAUCUGCUGCAAGUCGGACAACAGGGACAACUACACCUCCAAAAGGAAAGUGCAUUCAGCUCCAGACAGGUUGAACCCGAUGUUUCAGGAGCAAAGCAUGAAAGACAGACCUCAGAUCAGUCUGCCCACGUUCAUGGAGUCGACAGCAACACAAGCCUGCUCUCCUCUGAUUGUCACCGUGAGUCCCAGCAGAGCUGCUCCACAGCCACCAAAGAAACUCUCCUCAGCGCCGCCUACCUCACAAACUGAGCCGACAAAACCUCUACCUCCAUCUAAACCUUUACCUCCUCUGAGUAAACCACAGAGUAAGGCAGCCAAACCUCCCCCCUCCCGUCCCUCCAGUCAAACCCAGCCCUCCUCUGCUCAAAGCGAAGCCACAACUUCACAGACUCACAUGAACAUCUCACUGAAAUAAUCAGGUUUCACAUCCAGCAUGUAGUUAUAAACAUAGAAAGAGAGGGAUCAAACGUAUGAGAGACCAAAGAGUUCUGGAAAAGAUGACUCUUUGUUUUAAAGAUGGCCGACUUUCCAACAGCUUCAAAGCAGCUGUGGAAAAACUCUCCAUUUUAUGUUCCAGCUGUUUGUGACUCCUUUAACUUAAUUUAACGUUUCAGUCGUCUCAUGACAGCGUGAGCAGAACGGUGCUCACAUGGAAAUGUACUUUUUUAAAUAUUUAUUUAAUGUCUGUGCAAAGGACCCUAUGAAAAUGAUUAUCUGUUUGCUCAAGGAAUGUCUGAAGUAUUUUCUAAUCUCAGAUAAAUAAUUUACGUCAGCCUUCUCUCUAAAGCCCAGUUUAUUUAGUCAUGAAAGUGGUGGAAACAGAGAGGCAGGAAUGUUUGGGGUGCACUAUUUUAUGUUUGCGAUAAUUAUUAAUGUGGCGUUUGGUUUGUUGCUCUGUUUUUGGUCUCCACCACCAAAAAGUUUUUUUAGCUGCUAAAUGCUCCACUAUGUUCGCCAGCUUGUCUCUAACUGAGUCUGUCUGCUGUUUGCUGCUGAGCAGGUAGAGAUCAGUGGGGUUUUACAGCUUUUAUGAUGAAAACGAGGCUAUGACAGCACUAAAGUUAUGGCCGGACGGAUAAACAAUGAGCUGAAAAUCACUAUAAAGCUCCAUAAAGAUAAGUUCAUCACUUCCAGAAACACCUUUUUAAAUGUCUUUUCAUACAUUGAUAAUAUAAAAAUACUGAUGAAAGCUAGGCCCGGGUAUCUGUACUCUGGAAUAACCCAGUACCAAGUAGUAUAAACAUUUCUCCAGUCAAACUAUACCCACAAUUUAGUGCCAAUAUCUAAAAAAUAAAAAGACUAUUUGUAUGAUUUAGCUUGAAGCCAUCACCGCAAGUGAACUUUAAUUUAAUGCGACAUGUAGUCGGCUACAUUACUGCAGCAGCUACAACACAUACAGCCUGGAUUGACUGCCUGCACACGGCUCUGAACAAAGACAUGUCUGAGAUGGCGGAUAGAAGCUAACAGUGCUAAUAGCGCAAACAAUGGCAACAGUGCAGCGACCGCUAUGUGAGCGCUGUGACACGCACAACUUCUAUUCACACCAUGAGUAUCAAAUGAAGUACUCUAGUAGUAUCAGUAUCACUUUAAAGGGACUGACAUUUAAGUUUUUAUUAAAUGAGUUUUACCAUUUUAACACUAUUAUAUUAUUUUGAAAUAUUAUAGGGGAGGGUUUUGCAGAGCCUCAGUUUUCCUCCUCACCUUAAUCAUUUUCAUACAGUCCUUAAACUGUGUCCAAAGCCAGUCUGUGCCUUCUACAGGGUUCAUUUUGUACCACUUUUUGUAUCACUGUACUUGAAAACCUACGAAUGGUACUCACAGUAUUCGGAUGUGUGAGUCACUGUGGUUCAGCUGUAAACAUUUACAUGCUCCUUUGUUUCCUGUCCCGAGGGGAGGUGUGUGACGGAGCCUCGAGGAACAAGUAGUAGUUGUUGUUUUUUUACUGCACUUUUAUGUUUCUAAGGCAGCAGACACUGGGUUCAUACCUUGUUGGUUAAAUUAGUAGUAUACAUCUGUCUUAAAGUUUAAGUUUGGAGCAAAAACAAUCUUCCUUUUUAAUCCGUCGCGAUAUAUUGAAUGUAAAAACUGAAUUAGUUCUCAUUAGAGGCCUUUGUGUGCACCAAAUAAAGUGCACUUUAUUUUACAAAAGUAUGUCGCAUCAGCAGAUUUUACAUUUUAUCUGCUGUGGUUUUGUGGACGUAUAUUUAUGUGAAUUACAAAAUGAUUAAAAGUUUCAUUUUUCUCAAUGA